UCAUGCACCACCCUAGGCCUCAGGUGACUGCCUCCAUCUCCCAAGCUAAUAUUUCCUUUUCUUCCUUCCCAACAGCCAUGAUCAGCACUCCGGGGCCUUUCUCCUUUCCCAGGGCCCACUUCAUUCUCUUUGUCUUCAUGGCUUCCACCAUAUUCCACCUUCAGCAGCGGCUAAAGAAGAUUCAACCAAUGUGGGAGUUAGAGACGCAAUACCAGAGUUACUCUCUGGUAACAGAGAGCUCCGGUAGCUCCCAGCCCAAGGGUAUAUGGACAAUCAAUGUACAAGGUCGUCUGGGGAACCAAAUGGGUGAGUAUGCCACCCUGUACGCCCUGGCCAAGAUGAACGGACGACCCGCCUUCAUUUCAGCCCAGAUGCAUAAUACACUAGCUCCCAUCUUCAAGAUUACCCUCCCAGUCCUGCAUAAUAGUGUGGCCAACAAGAUCCCGUGGAGGAACUACCACCUGAAUGACUGGAUGGAAGAGCAGUACCGCCACAUCCCAGGGGAGUACGUCCGCCUCACCGGCUACCCCUGCUCCUGGACCUUCUACCACCACCUCCGUGCCGAGAUCCUCCAGGAAUUCACCCUGCAAGACCACGUAAAGGAGGAAGCCCAGACUUUUCUGCGGGGCCUAAAGGUGAAUGGGAGCCGACCAAGCACCUUUGUGGGGGUCCAUGUUCGCCGAGGGGACUACGUCCAUGUCAUGCCAAAUAUUUGGAAGGGUGUGGUGGCUGACCGGCGAUACCUAGAACAGGCCUUGAGCUGGUUCCGGGGACGCUAUCGCUCCCCCAUCUUUGUGGUCACCAGCAACGGCAUGGCGUGGUGUCGGGAGAACAUCAAUGCCUCCCGUGGUGAUGUGGUAUUUGCUGGCAGUGGGAUUGAGGGCUCCCCUGGCAAGGACUUUGCACUGCUCACACAGUGUAACCACACCAUCAUGACCAUUGGGACAUUCGGGAUCUGGGCGGCCUACCUUGCAGGUGGAGAAACCAUCUACCUGGCCAAUUAUACCCUCCCAGACUCUCCCUUUCUCAAAGUCUUUAAACCAGAGGCAGCUUUCCUGCCAGAGUGGGUGGGAAUUGAAGCAGACUUAUCCCCACUACUCAAGCACUGA